AUUGAAUCUGACUCGUACGGUUUAACCUUUAAUCCCUUUCCACAACUCCGUCAUGGUACAAUUGUCAGCUCCGAAGUCCGACAACGCAGACGAGCAAAGUUGACAAGCGAGUCUCGACGACGGCGUCUUUGAUGUACGCAGAAUCGACAGACAUGGAGGAUCCUCCUUUCGUAGCGCCGCCUCCUGGGCCGCCACCACUCUUAUCUGACCAACAGCUACUCUGUCUGGCUCGACAAGGCUGGCUCUGCGUUGACCUGCCGGAUGCUUUAUCGAACAGUAUCGAUGAGGUAUUACAAUGCUCACUAGAAUUCUUUCGCGACGCUACUCAGCCCAAAGCUGAACUGUAUCCGAGCAAGCUAGGAACAGAAUUCGGCUACUACCAUGUUGAAGACGAAAAGGAGUACGUGACUUUCCGCUGUCACGUCCAUGGCGGUACCAAGCCGGCUGCAAACAGUACGGUGUCGGUGUCUCCAGCGGCUAAACUUGAGGGGAAGGUUGCCCAAGCAUGGCGUGAGGCCGGACUAUUCUUGUUCCGCAUCCUCUGCGACAUCUCUCGAGCUAGCGAUCUUGACCUCUCAGCCUGGAGUGAUAUCUUGGAUGGCACUUUGUCGAUGCCCGAAACCGAACAAGAAAUGACGUACACCCUGAUGCGGCUGUUCCGAUAUCUGCCCACGACCGGCGUCGCUGAUCCACAUACUGAUCUGGGCCUGCUCACGUUGUGCGUCGGCGAUGGCGAAGGGCUACAAGCUCUGGAUCGAUUGGAGUCGUCAAGAGACACUCCGGUAUGGGUGAACGCUCCUUUUGGGACUCGUAAGGGUACGGUCUUGAUUGGGGAAACUAUGAAAGCACUAUCGUCUGGUACAGUCAAUACUGGAUUUCACAGAGUGGUCGGCAACCCUAACGGCAGAAGCAGUGUGGUGUUCGCGCUCAGACCGUCCAAUCGACAUGACAUCGAUUUCGCCCUGUUCGGAGGCGAAGGCGUGGUUAGUGCGACUGAUUUAUGGAAGAGUGUGCAGGCUGGUAAAGUCAACAUCAACAGCAUCAAGGAGCUUCGGGACAAGCAGCGCGCGAAAUUUCGCCCCACGCCACCGAAAGCUGCAAACACUGAAACUGUGACGAUGGGUCAGGGAUAGUCGACACAGGCCCCAGGACCAACAGGAGUAUCGGAUACACAGACCAGAGUGAAUGCAGAGGGUGCCCUUUGGUCAUUGCCCUGGAACAGCUGCUCUCCUGCCAGUGAGAAGAAAAGGAUCAUUGUGGUGUUCCUCACCCAAGAUGGCUCUGCUGGUUGCUGCGAGAAAAGUCAGCUGUACGCUAUGCUCCCAGUCGAGGCACAGGGCGAGACAAUCGGCAGCACGCCCACACCGAAUGCAGGUUCGGAGGUACAGUAUUCUGGGGUCGUUCGAGCGACUUGGGCUCCUGGGCGGCGAGGCGAGUCAAGGUUCUCACAAGCAUCCCGGUGGCUCACCGGCCUAGAUACGAGGGAGCCCCGACGGUAGAAAGAAACUUCGGGCUGCAUAGUAUCCUCUAGUCUAAUGGGUACAUCACUG